GGACGCUGACUCUUAGUCCACGACGUUUACGACCUCUGAUUCUGCGACGAACGUCCGCAAUUCUUAGAGGAUAUGUUUGAGUCUCCGUUUCCCCCGUACGACCCGACGGAUAGAUCUGGGUUCAGCUAUGAGACAGUUGUAAAGCGGUGGCCAAUCAUUCUCACCGGGAUAAUCGACAUGAUCUACCAGCUCGAUCAUGAGAUCGGAGUGUCGCUGCACACACUUCCCGCCAGCAACGAAGAGACUAUCAAUGUUGAGGAGAAGAUCAAGGAAGGAAAGAGUAUCAUUGAGAAGGUUGGAAAACUGAAGUAUGACAUGGCAAGGGACCGGGCUCUAGAGCUUAUUCCUCACGAUGGCGAGGCAUACAUCGAGGAGUACAAUGUUGAGCUGGACAAGCUCGCUCAGAAUAAGAGGAAUACUUGGUUCACUGCACCUUGGCUCUUUGCUGAGUGUUAUCUCUAUCGUCUUCUGCGGUCGUUCUUCACACAGACCACCCAUUGGCGUGAUUUCGAUCCUUUCUCUCUCCAGAAGCAGGAAACUUUCCGUAGCAGUGGAAAGGCCAUCUAUCAGCUGGCUACAACUAUUCAUGAGCUGGAAGUCGAGAAGGACGUCGUGCGCAACGACCCCGCGAAGCUGGCCGUUCUCUUCAAAGAGAUGAUACAAAUGUGUCUCUGGGGGAAUGCAACUGAUCUCUCUUUGCUGACCCAUAUGUCUCACGAUGACAUCGCUACGUUGCAAACUGUCGGGAAGGACGCACAGGCCGCGAGACGCGAAUUCAUCCUGAAAGACGACCAAGACAAGGUUAUCAAGUAUCUUGAAGACCUGAAAGGCAAGGACGCUAGAGUAGAUUUUGUCCUAGACAAUGCCGGCUUCGAGCUCUUCACAGACUUCGUUUUCGCAGACUUCCUAGUGACAUACACGCCCUACGUCUCGCGUGUAGUAUUCCACCCGAAGCUUAUCCCGUGGUUCGUCUCCGAUGUCACCCCUCCCGACUUUGCGUCGACGAUCCCUUCUCUGCACUCUGAAUCGUUCUUCCCGGAGCCCAAGGCCGACGCUACCGCUCGAGAUACGGCGGCGACGUUGCCGAACGCCGACGUGCACCAGCAUCUGAAGACGAUGGUCGCGCGGUGGCAGUCGUACCUUGAUUCUGGUGUAUUUUCGCUGAGUGUUCGGGCAGAGACGAAGUUGGGCGAGGCGAAUGACAAGGCGAACUUCUGGACGGGCCCUUGGCCGUAUUGGAACAUGAGGGAGCUUGCGCCGCAGGUCUGGAGCGAUUUGAAGGAUAGUUCUCUCGUUGUCUUCAAGGGCGACCUGAACUACCGCAAGCUGACAGGAGACGUGAGCUGGCCUGUCUCCACUCCUUUCGAGGAGGCCGUCGGGCCCCUGGCCGGGGACUUUCCAAUCUUGAGCCUGCGGACGAACAAGGCGGAUGUCGUUGUCGGCGUCCCACAGGACGUCGCCGACAAGCUCGAUGCCGCGGGCGAGAAGUGGCGGGUAAACGGCAAGUAUGCGUUGGUUUCGUUCUUGCCAAGGCGGGUGUAGAUUGGGUCAAGGAAGCAAUCGUGUGAAUAAUAAUAGAUGGGGUAUAUUGCGGUCAAUUGUAGGAUCGAAAGGUGGAGACGCAUAGAUGAACCACAUCCAGAUCAGUUUCUGCUAAUGCAAUGCGACAAUACAAAUACACUUGACUCGACAUCCACGGUCGAGGUCCACGAUGUUUAGUUACUCAAACACUUUGCAUAUGUGCAACGUCCUCCCAAAGAUACAAACAAUAAAACCUUCGCAGCCCCUACGAUGUUUAAUCCACGCGCGGUCGCUUUCCACGCUCAUCGUCAUCAUCUGCAGAGUCACGAUCAGCCUCGUCGUGCGAUCGCUUGGGCGUUACCCUAUCGUCUGCCGAGCCGCCGCGCGACGGCGGGGACUGUGCACGCCCGUUCUGCUGGAGGCCCCUGAGAACUUGAAGCUCGGCUUCGAGACGCUGGCGUGAGGCACGCUCCUCGUCCCACAUGCGGCGGACCUCCUCGAGUUGCGCCUGGAGAUCGCCCAUCGCCUGGUCCAUGAGCAGCUUCUCGAGUGUCCAUUUCUCGAUGUUCCGUGCUUCGUUCUCUUUCAGAUGGUGGAUGUACUGCACGGCGCGGGCGAGGAUCGCACCCUUGGCCUUCUCGCCCGAGCCAUUCGGCACGAUGCGCCCCAGCUCGUUGAUCCCCUCGUUGAUGUUGCCGCGCCGCCGACGCUCGACUUCUUUGUGGUUGUCCUUACGCUGCCGCGCCCAUUCGUCGUUCGUCAUCGACGAACUCCGCCCUGCCCGCCGACCAGCCGAACCAGGCUUCUGCUUUUCUCCGUCUGGUGACAGGUCGUCCAGUGAGUCCUGCUCAUCACUAUUCACAGCAUGUGGAGGCUGCGAGCUACCAGGGGGCGCUGAUACCAUGCCGGAAAGAUUUGGAGGCCCGCGUGGAUGCGAUGACGGACCCGGCUCCAUGCCCGGCUGCGAGGGAGGAUAUUGUCCCUGAUACAUUGGCACACCAGGAGGAAGGUGAGGGAAGCUGGCCUGUGCCAUAUUUGAUAAAGCCUCUGCAGCCACUGCCGAGUCCUUUGGGUCUGAUCCGGGGCGGGUUGCCUGAUAGAAACUGGGUCCUAGGGUUUUGAGAAGUGUAGCGAUCUGCUCCUGCCCGAGCGUAGAGAAUGGGUUUGACUGCUGUUCAGGGGCGCUUGAGCUCGAUGUCGGAGAUGUGGGUGAUGGCUGCUGCGCCGGUGGUGGGGGCGCAGAACUUGCCGCUGGCUGCUGGGCGGGAGGUUGUGCCGUCGCCAUUGUUAAUAAUUGGCGGAUUCCGUUAGAAAUCAGGCGUAAUACGUCGUCCAGGACGAUUCAGAUGAGACGACGCAGAGAAUUUGGAGCUACUAAUUGUGAUCGCCGUUGAUGAGUUUAAAGUCUUGUUCGCCGGAGUCGGGGGCGCGCUCG